AUGCCCGCCGCCGCGCCGCCGCCGCCCUUGCACCCCGCGCCGGGCCACAGGGGCUCCUGCGGCUGCCCUUACCCCCACCACCCGGAGCCGCGAGGAUUUUUUGAUCAUACUAUAAAUUGUAUAAGCGCAGGCAUAACUGAGAGGAGGCUACAAGGUACUUGCCCGCCAAUUGGCCGUGGACAUUUUGGAAAACCAUUCUUUGGUACCAAUUGUUACAAUUCUCCAUUUAUAAACUCCCGGACUGGUUUCCAUACUAUUCACUCAGAGAACAGUCCAGUAAAGCCAAGGAUUGUCACUGUAGUAAAACCUUGUGGUCACACAGUAAGGAAGAUAACGUUGCUUCUAAAUCGGCGUUCUGUUCAGUCGUUUGAACAGCUAAUCGCUGACAUAUCAGAAGCUCUGGGAUUUCCGCGCUGGAAGAAUGACCGUGUGCGAAAACUAUACAAUUUAAAGGGAAGGGAAAUCAGAAGCAUUUCUGACUUCUUUAGAGAAGGUGAUGCAUUCAUAGCUAUGGGGAAGGAGCAACUAACCUUGAAGAACCUUGAAGUAGCAAUCCAAGAACUUUAUCCUGAAAACCCUUAUGCUCCUGCUGCUGGAACUACUCUUACUGCAACCACACAGGACUGGGAGCAACCCCAAAAGCCCAAGAACAGGUUCUAUGAAAAGACUUCCAGGACAGAAAAUGGUCUUGAGCCUAUAAUGGCCAAGAACUGCGUGGAACCCUUGUCUCCUAAACUGAUAAACAGGCAUGAAGUAAAAGCUCAAACCAAGGUCAGGCAAGAGGAGAAGGUGAGAAGCAAAAAGAAAUGGUCCAGAGACAGCUGGAAUGGAGAGCAGGAUGCGAAGCCUUUGAGAAAAGCUAGAGAAACUGAAAGGUAUUUUGACCAGGAGAGAUACCCUGAAAGCACCGCAGGGGAGAGCUCAGACAUGAUAGUUCGAUGCGAGAAAUGCCAAAGAGAGAGGCAAAUCCGGCAAAGACUGCAGAAAGAGAGACCAGCCGAUCUUCCGUUUGACAACAGGGAUGUGAAUAUGAAACUGUGUCCAAGAUACCAUGUGGAAAAGACUGUGAAACUGCGAAACUGCCGGAGAUUGUCUGAAAACUCAGCAGAAGAAGGGGAAACGAUGUGGAGCGAUGCUGGUUGUCCGAGUACGUGGACAGCCUCACAAAGCCAUGCCCCUGAAGAGCUGGAGAAGCCAAAGAGGAGUGUUGAGAGGCAGCAGACCCUGCAAAGCCAUGAGAAUCAUGACAAAGAACUAGGGAAGGUAAAGAUGAGGCCAAUAGAAAACCAGCGCACCAUCGUAGGAGAUGCUUAUGAACUGAAAAAAGAGCACAGAAAAUGUUCUAGAGUGAAUCAAAGCUGUUGGUUGCUAAAGGGUUCUGAAAUGGAGGCAGAUAAACUGCCAAAAAUCCAGGGGAAGAGAGAAGAAGUACGGAAGUCAAAAGAGGAAACGGUGGGAGGAGAAGAGAAGGUGGGACAUGGAGAAGGUGAACAAGCGAGGCAUGAAAAGGAGGGAGAAGUCAAAGGCAAAGAAGAAGAGAACAGUUCAAACAGGACCAGUGAUAAGAGGCUGAAGCAUAAUGUCCAGAGCAGAGCAGAUGUGGAGAAGUGCUAUGAAAUUGGCAGGACCAUUGGAGACGGCAACUUUGCCAUUGUGAUGGAGUGCUGCCACCGCAGCAGCAAUCAGACGUAUGCCAUGAAGAUCAUUGAUAAGUCAAAGCUGAAAGGGAAGGAAGACAUGCUGGAAAAUGAAAUUGUGAUCAUCAGGAGUCUGUCGCACCCCAACAUCGUCAGCCUAAUGGAAGUAUUUGAAACGGAGGCAGAGAUCUAUCUAAUCAUGGAGUACAUUCCUGGUGGAGACCUGUUUGAUGCCAUCAUUGAAAGUGUGAAAUUCACAGAGCGCGAUGCCGCUCUCAUGAUGACUGACUUGUGUGGCGCUCUGGUUUAUAUUCAUGGGAAGAACAUCGUCCAUAGAGAUCUCAAACCAGAAAAUCUUCUAGUUCAACGCAAUCCAGAUAAAACGACAACGUUGAAACUAGCAGAUUUUGGCCUUGCGAAGCAGGUGACCAAGCCUAUAUUUACUGUGUGUGGAACUCCGACUUACGUUGCCCCUGAAAUACUUGCUGAAAAUGGCUAUGGACUAGAAGUGGACAUGUGGGCCACUGGUGUAAUACUCUAUAUCUUGCUUUGUGGUUUCCCCCCUUUCCGGAGUCAUGAACGAGAUCAAGAGGAGCUGUUCCAAAUCAUACAGCUUGGGCAUUAUGAAUUUCUCUCACCAUACUGGGACAACAUUUCAGCCGCUGCGAAAGACCUGAUAAGCAGACUCCUUGUGGUGGAUCCUCAAAAGCGUUACACUGCGCCGCAGGUUCUUCAGCAUCUGUGGAUCCAGACCGCUGGAAAAAACAGCAGCAGAAACCUACAGAGAGAGGUGACCCUCAAUCUUGAGCGCCACUUUCGGAGCCAGCGCAAGAAAGAAGCGACCAGUGAAGAUUCAUAAAGAGCGGGUCCAAACAUAGGUCAUUUGAGAAAUGAGUCCACUGUGCAAGUGUAUAGUC